AUGUUAAACAACGUAGCUGAAGCUGUUUCGAUGAUACAGCUUAUUGUUCUAAAAUUUUUCAACUCAUGUGGGCGAGAGAGAAUAUUUCAAAUGGAUGAUAAGCUGUCACUUAUCAAGAACUUAUUGCUCGAAGUAUGCAACCUUGAAGAUGCAAAUCCCUCGGUGUUUGCACAAUCUUCAGAAGCUCAGACGAUCGCCAAAGAUGUUAUUCAUAAAUUGACUUUAUUAAAAAGUGUUAUGGAAGAGCAUACUCCUACAUCAUCACUUAAAAGCUUUUCAUCAUCGAGCAGCAGCACCUAUGAACGAAUAAAUUUAGCAGAAAGGUCCAGAAAAAUGUUUCAGUUAUCCUUUAGCCAACCGUUGACUGGGGUUAUUUUGGAAGAUAUGAAUGAAAGAGAAUUGGAACAAGCAGCAAGAGAAGCAUAUGAUCAGAAUCAUUUAGCCAGAUGUAUUAGAAUUAUUGAUAAAAUUUUGUCAAAGCAACAAGAAAUAAGUCGUGAAAUUUUUUUACUGUGCCAUAAUUCCUAUAAACAGACGCUUGAUGCCAGUUGUGGUGAAGUGGAAUCAGAAAAGAUAUGUAAAUGGUGGUUGAAUUUUCUCGAACAAUCAAAAAUAAGAGGAACAGAUCCUGACGAUGACGCCGAAAUCACUGACUGUCGUACAGAGUGUCUCUGGGAAUAUCUUAGGCGAAACUUCACCGAUGAAGAAAAGUUUGAUCUGUUUACCAAGAUUAUGAACAUGCAACUUGAUGCUUGUGAAACAGCGGCUGUAUCAUUUCGACCCUUUGAUUCGAGAUAUUUAAACCGGGUUUUAAAAAUAUGCCAGACUAUUAACAGUUACUACAACGAAUUUUCAGUAGCAGAACAACUGCCAACGUGUGUUGAAGAGGGACUUGAAUUGGCCAGACUUGGAGUUGACAGUGCUAAGUUAGACGUCAAGGAGUAUGCACGUGAGGCUGGACUUGCCGGGAACGAUUUUAAAGAAGAUAUUUACUAUAUCGAGAGUGCAAGCCUUAUAAAAGAAAUUGAUGGCUUACUGGCGAAAUUUCUGAAUGACGAACUGCAUCACUCAGACACAGAAUCUGACUGUUUCAUCAGUUCCGAGGAAGGUAAUGCCGAGGUAGAAUCUGUACAAAACGACAGCAAUACGGUUACAGAAUUCAGUGAAACAGCAACGUUAAGUGAAAAAUUGCUUGACGACGCGCUGUCCGGUGACGAAAACGAGUAUUACAUUACACGAAUGUAA